AAAAAUUAAUGAACUUACCCGAUCUUGCAUAAUUUAUAAUUAUCUCGAGAUAUUCUGUUCAAUACACGAGCUAUGAGAACCUAACCUAUUUCUUUCUUUUCUUCACGUUAUCAGAGGUGCGUUUCGUUUCAUGCAUGAUGCAUCAUAUAUCCUCGUUUAAUAUCAUUUAAUAUUAGCUUAACAAUAAAGAUAAAUGAUGCAUUGCACGCAUUAUGCAUGAAACAGCACGCAUCCUAGAUUUUUCUCAUUCUUUUACCAUUCGAGUAUGCCGCUUAGGUAUAUACAGGCACCUGUCAGUCAUCACUGAAGCACGACGUGCGUAAAUACAGACGUCGUCGCAUUUUCUAGCGGAGGACCGAACCAGACCGAUCAUCCGGGCGACCAAAGCCGAUUGAUCAUUCGUAACAGCCAAUCAUUCGUAACAUGGAUGAUUGCAGCGUCGAGCUGGAUCCGGAGACCGAACUUUACUGCACGUUGCACUUAUUCGCCAACGUCAUAAACACCCCGGAGAUACGCGAGAAACUUGUUGCCGGGAAGCUUCGCUGUUGUGUAGCGAAGGCCUCGCUCAUAACCGAUGUUCAUCAGGUAGUGGUGGCCGCCAAUAAAGCCGCCCUCAAUGCCAAGCGAAAUAAACUAAUCACGAGGACCGUAUACACGGAGGUUCUAUUCUGCCUUUCCACAUCGAAGAACAUAUCUCGCUCCCUGGCCGAGUUUGGUAUCAGUGACAGCAACAAAAACAUCCUGGUGAUACUGAUACACAAGCUCGGCGAGGAACAGGCCAUGCUGGAGGAAGUCCUAGGAAGUGUCAAGGGAGAGAGGAUACCGAUCUCGAGGCUGAACGAGUUCACAGACGUAAAUCUGAUUAAAAAGACUUAUAAGAUUGGGGAGGAUGAGCUGCGUGUCUCCAGUCUCGCUGACACUGUCAUCUCGAGGAUCAGUUGCAAGGAGUUUAUAUUAUCGAAGUAAGGAUCGAAAAGAAUGAAAGAUGGGCAGACACCAAAACAUCCUUGAUAUAUAGGUCAAUUACUAUUAACGAUAAAAGAAACUUUAUUUGGAAUAUGAUUUAAGUAAACAGUGGAUAUGUAUAAAUGUUUGAACAG